AUAAUAUAUACAAAAUGGCCUUCAACUUCCUCGAUCUCCCCCCCGAAGUUCGCCUCCAGAUCUACCCCUACCUCUUUAACCCCAGCAAAUACAGCUCCAGCUACCGGCGCAUCACAAGGCUCACAGAACAAGCCGAAGAGGAAGCCAAAAGCCACUGCGAGGACGACACCCAGCGCCGCUCUAUCCCCGACGUAUCACUACCCAGAAUCUACCUCGACCGAUCAACACCGCCCAUCCUCCUCGUCAACCGGAAAAUCACAUCAGAGGCCCUCCCCGUCCUCUACGGCACAACGCUCACGGUGUCCAGCACGCCGACAACAUACCUGGCGAUGUGGCAGAUGGACCUGGCCGAGUUUAUCAGCGAGACACUGCUGCAGCGGAUGCGGUCUGUGGUGCUGAAGCUGGCGUCUCCUGAAAAAUACUUUGUGUUUGAGCUGUUGGAGAUUUGGGGGGUGAGGAAUGAGUUACAAAGGCUUGUGCUGCUUGUGCCGGUGGACAGGCCGUAUUAUGAUAUUACGAAGGGGCAGUGGGAUCUUGUUGAGAGGCGGUUGAGGACGUUUGCAGAGAAUAAUGGGUUUGUGUUUGAGAUGCAGUUUGAGCAGUCGAAACGUUGACGUUACGAGGGAAGACAUGUUCAACGAACAGACCAGUUCAGCUUGGAAGAUUGAAAUGCCACAGCAGCCACAAUAAGUAUCACAUCCGGUUUAAGUUCGCAUAAACCAAGCCCAAUGCAGUGGGGCAGAUCGCAACGGCUAACAAAUCCUCGUUCCAUACUUGAACCAAUCACGGAGAUGUAUAUAGAAUAACUGUGCAGUCUUGAGUAUAGGCUGGGACGCAGGCUACUAGUAGUAGGAGUCCUCCCGAACAGGCAAUCAAACACUCGCUUGAGCUUAAAUGUCCCUGUGGAGAGACAGU